UGAACAACUCCUUUUUACCCUCAAUGACUAUGAACCGUGGGGGACAGCUGCUGCUGUCACUGCCACUCUUCAAGAACACAGCUGCAACUUCCUUUCCGCUGCCAUCAUCAGCACCGCUUUGUUAUCGUUGUCAUAUUCUUCAAAGUCGAGCGAACACCUCCGUUCUCACCUUGAACCAACCCCUUCGCAACUUCUCUUUGUCGCGGACGCACAAAAACAAAGCAACUUGUACUCUUCCCGCAUCUGCCACUGGAAUCAGUAAAGAAGCUUCUGAAUCCCCAAUUCCGUCGCAACUGCCGCACCCGCCAAAGCUUAGGAAGAGGUCGCGCAAUAGAAAAUAUGCGAAGCAGCGAAGCGAAUCUAUUUCUUCGACUACCAGUACGAUCAACUGCCUUCUGGACCGCCUUACCGACAUCCGCGUAACCGAUUACGAUCGCUUGGCCAAAGUUCGCUCGAACCAGACGCUACUCAAUAACUUUUCAAGGCUCCAUGUCGCACUUCACGAUCUGAAGAAUCCAGAGGUCAUGUGGGAAGCUUAUCAGGACCUCCGCAAGGUUCCUGAAGACGUUAGUAUGCUUUCGCAGGACGUCCUGAGGCUUCUCAUUAUCCGCUUCAAAGAAGCCUCAAACUCAUACUCGCCUAGGGAAAAUAACGACAGGAGCAAGCUUGCGUGGAACCAAACUUGGAAUGCCAGAAUUGUCACAGUGCUGAACGACAAGCGUGUAUUGCUUCCUCGGUUUUCGCGAUGGGAUUAUAGCGAUAUGAUGUCGGCACUCAAUCGUCUAGGUCGAUAUGAUGAGUCCCUCGAAGAGUUCGAGCGAGUGGUCGAUUCAAAAUACAAAGUGGAUCCCAUCCUGUUGAACCAUGCUGUUCGGGCUUGGGGAGGAUUGGGGCGGCUCGACAAAGCCAUUCAAGUUAUUCAGGACGUACGAGCGGAGGACGGUGCCAAGCCGAGCGAAUACACGUUGGGGUAUCUUAUUCAGCAGUAUCUCUCAACUGGGCAGAAGUCAGAAGCGAUCAGAUUUUGGAGAGAUUUGACAGAGGACAGCACUCUGGAGAGCAUCGAGACCGUGAACGGGAUCUUGAGGGCAUGUGUCAAAGUUCAGGACAGCAAAUUUGCCCAGACCGUGUAUGAUUCGCUUUCGAAACUAGGAGUUGAGUCCAACUUGGAGUCCCUCAGCUUGAUGCUGAGCUUAGCUGUUUCCGAGAUCCAGUAUCCUGACGAACGAAUCGAGUUUUUGAGUGUGAUCCAGACCAAGAUUGCGACAAGCAACAAACCGGUAUUUGGCAAGGGCAUGCUUGACUCCCUUUUAUCCAACUUUUCAAAGAAGGGCGAUGCUGAAGGUGCGAUCUUGGUAUGCCAAUUGAUGGCCAAUUACGGCUAUCCACCCGACAUCGAGAAACACAACGAGAUCCUUCACUGCUAUGCUCGACUAGGGCAAAUGGACAACGCAGUUGAAUGGUUCCAGCAGAUGCGAAGGGAAGGUAUCCGUCCUAACCGAGCCUCCUACGUACUGCUGAUGCAGUCGUAUAGCCGACAGAGAAUGCCCCGAGAGACCGAGGCGCUAUUUCGACAACUCAUAACCGACGGUAUCGAACCCGAUCUGGCAACCUGCAACUAUAUGUUACUGGCGUACGAGCAGGCAAGGAUGAACCGGCGCUGUCUUCAACUGUACAGGGGCAUGCUUCAGGAUCGAUCGAUCGGUGUGGACCAGUUUACGUUGUCCUGUAUGUUCAACGCUGUGUUCCACAGCGACAAGGCGUUUCUGGAAGGCGGCGAAGGGCUCAAAGGUCGAGGCUCCGCUUUGAAUAAUGCGCUGUUCCUAGACAGGAUUGGGCAGCCCAUUGCCCCGUCGACCAACAAUUCGGAACAAAAUCACACCCCGCUGCAAACCAAGGACAGUCGAGUCAGAAAGUUCUACCAUGGCAUGGGCGAGCUUCAACCGCUGUCACAUCCGCUGCCCAGUCGUCAACAAUAUCAGUUUGAUAAUGCCAUCUCCACGACAACAUCAUUGAAUCCAAGGACGCUCUUUCGGGACAUGAUUAUGGUCGGGAUCAGGCCCAGUCGGUCUCUGUAUUCCAAUAUUCUGCGAGCUUUCCUUGUCCAGAACGAUUAUGCGGGCGCAGCGGUCGCUCUUCGAACUCUUGUGGAUUACUAUGUGCUCAAGCCAACACCCAAAAUGAAUGCAGUUGUCGUCACCUGGGUGUGUCAGGAACUGGAACGGAGAGGGAUCAGUGGCAAAGAUAACGCUCUCACCAAGGGCGAGCUAUCCAAGCUGAUCAACAUGAUGGGUCGAGCACGCGGAUUGAUUGAUAUGGUGGAGAAGGUCGUCAAUAUUGAACGGUGGGGACAGGAGGAUACUACCGAUGAUGAUGUUGAAACACCAGCACCUUCCCAGCCAGAUGUAGCCGCUGCUAAAUCGGAGCACAGAUCGAUCAUCCAUAAGGGCUUCCCGGCGAACCACGAGCUGGGUGCGCUUGCAAGAGCGAAGUUGGAGAUGGGCGGCGAUCUUGUGGACCUGGACUCUAGAAGCGUUGUUGCUGGCUCAUCCUGGAACACAACCGAGGAUGAUACAGUCCAGGUUGAUCUGAAGGACUUUGAGCGAUGGUAUCGUGCCUACUCCAACAGGACCACCUAUGCGCAAGCAAUCAAAGCAAAUCCUCCACUUUCUGAACAUACAUAAAGGACUAGAUCAGAAUGUAUCC